AUGCCUGGAAACAAGUACAACUGCAGUUCGUCUCAUAUCCCACUCUCUCGAACAGAGCGGCUCUUGAGAGAAAGAGAGCUUAGAGAGAAGAGGAGAAGCAACCGUGCUCGUAAUCCCAAUGAAGCUGUUGGCAGUUCUGAAAACUCUGACAGUGACCUGCGUUUAGAAAGGGACAGUUCAAGGCAAUAUGUUGAGCAGUACUUGGAAGGUGCUGCUGCUGCGAUGGCACACGAUGAUGUGUGUGAGAGGCAAGAAGCAAGACCUUACAACAAGCAACGCCUGCUUGUAGUGGCUAACAGGCUCCCGGUUUCUGCUGUGAGAAGAGGUGAAGAUUCAUGGUCUUUAGAGAUCAGUGCUGGUGGUCUAGUUAGUGCCCUCUUAGGUUUAAAGGAGUUUGAGGCCAGAUGGAUUGGAUGGGCUGGAGUUAAUGUGCCUGAUGAGGUUGGUCAGAAGGCACUUACCAAAGCUUUGGCUGAGAAGAGGUGUAUCCCUGUGUUCCUUGAUGAAGAGAUUGUUCAUCAGUACUAUAAUGGUUACUGCAACAACAUUCUAUGGCCUCUGUUUCACUACCUUGGACUUCCACAGGAAGAUAGGCUUGCCACAACAAGAAGUUUUCAAUCCCAGUUUGCUGCAUACAAGAAAGCAAAUCAAAUGUUUGCUGAUGUUGUGAAUGAGCAUUAUGAAGAAGGAGAUGUUGUCUGGUGCCAUGACUAUCAUCUUAUGUUCCUUCCUAAAUGCCUUAAGGAAUACAAUAGUAAGAUGAAAGUUGGAUGGUUUUUACACACACCAUUCCCUUCCUCUGAGAUACACAGAACACUUCCUUCACGUUCAGAGCUUCUUAGAUCAGUUCUUGCUGCUGAUUUAGUAGGUUUCCAUACCUAUGACUAUGCAAGACACUUUGUGAGUGCUUGCACUCGUAUACUUGGGCUUGAAGGAACACCUGAGGGAGUUGAGGAUCAAGGCAGGCUUACUCGAGUAGCUGCUUUUCCCAUUGGUAUAGAUUCUGAGCGGUUUAUAAGAGCACUUGAAGUCCCUGACGUUAUACAACAUAUGAAGGAACUGAAAGAAAGAUUUGCCGGCAGAAAGGUGAUGUUAGGUGUUGAUCGCCUUGAUAUGAUCAAAGGGAUUCCUCAGAAGAUUCUUGCAUUUGAGAAAUUUCUAGAGGAAUACGCAAACUGGCGUGAUAAAGUGGUGUUACUGCAAAUUGCAGUGCCUACAAGAACAGAUGUUCCUGAAUAUCAGAAACUCACAAGUCAAGUUCAUGAGAUUGUGGGACGCAUUAACGGUCGUUUUGGGACACUCACUGCAGUUCCAAUACACCACCUGGAUCGUUCUCUGGAUUUUUAUGCUUUAUGUGCACUUUAUGCCGUGACAGAUGUUGCACUAGUCACAUCUUUGAGAGAUGGGAUGAACCUUGUCAGUUACGAGUUUGUUGCUUGCCAAGAGGCUAAGAAGGGCGUUCUCAUUCUCAGUGAAUUUGCAGGUGCUGCACAAUCUCUUGGUGCUGGAGCCAUUCUUGUGAAUCCUUGGAACAUUACAGAAGUUGCUACCUCCAUUGGACAGGCCUUAAACAUGUCACCUGAAGAAAGAGAGAAAAGGCAUAGGCAUAACUUUCAUCAUGUCAAAACUCACACCGCUCAAGAAUGGGCUGAAACUUUUGUGAGUGAACUAAAUGAUACUGUAAUAGAGGCCCAACUAAGAAUCAGCAAAGUCCCACCUGAGCUUCCACAGGAUGACGCGAUUCGACAGUAUUCAAGGUCAAACAACAGGCUACUGAUCCUGGGUUUCAAUGCAACAUUGACUGAGCCAGUGGAUAAUCAAGAGAGACGAGGAGAUCAAAUAAAGGAGAUGGAUCUUAACCUCCACCCAGAGCUAAAAGGACCGUUAAAGGCGUUAUGCAGUGAUCCAAGUACAACCAUAGUUGUCCUGAGUGGAAGCAGCAGAAGCGUUUUGGACAAAAACUUUGGAGAGUAUGAUAUGUGGUUAGCUGCAGAGAAUGGGAUGUUCUUAAGGCUUACUAAUGGAGAGUGGAUGACUACAAUGCCAGAACACUUGAACAUGGAAUGGGUUGAUAGUGUAAAGCAUGUUUUCAAGUACUUCACUGAGAGAACACCAAGGUCACACUUUGAAACACAUAUUGAGUUUGGGAGACUUCAAGCAAGAGAUCUGUUACAACACUUAUGGACAGGACCAAUCUCUAAUGCAUCAGUAGAUGUUGUCCAAGGAAGCCGCUCUGUUGAAGUCCGUGCUGUUGGUGUGACCAAGGGAGCUGCCAUUGAUCGCAUUCUAGGAGAGAUAGUGCAUAGCAAGUCCAUGACCACACCCAUUGAUUAUGUCUUGUGCAUUGGUCAUUUCUUGGGGAAGGAUGAAGAUGUUUACACUUUCUUUGAACCAGAACUCCCAUCAGACAUCAUCAUCCCAGCCAUUGCACGGUCCAAAUCAUCAUCAGGAGACAGAAGACAGCCUUCAAAGUCUACACAUAACAACAAAAGCAGUUCAAAAUCUUCAUCCUCAUCUAACUCUAACAACAACAAGGCUUCACAGAGAUCUCUUCAGACAGCAGAGAGAAAAAGUGGGUCCAACAACCAUAGCUUAGGGAAUUCAUCAAGACGUCCUUCACCAGAGAAGAUCUCAUGGAACGUGCUUGACCUUAAAGGAGAGAACUACUUCUCUUGUGCAGUGGGUCGUACCAGGACCAGUGCUAGAUAUCUCCUUGGCUCACCUGACGAUGUUGUUUGCUUCCUUGAGAAGCUUGCAGACACGUCUGACCCUAACUAAUCGUCUGCAUCUUAGAAUCUGAGACUGUGAAGUGAGAGUGCUUGUAACCCAAGUAAUUGUUUUGUAACAAGAAGCUAACCAUUAUUAAUAAGACUCAUUUAGUUGUUUUGAUUACAAUAUAAUAAAGAGUAGAUCAAAUGA